UAAAAUCGUUUUUCGAAUAAAUUGUUGUUUAAGUACGUACCACAGAGAAAGUAGAGCAGGUAAAGAGUCUACAAAGCUGAGUGCAUGUCUUAGCCACUUCAACAAUGAUCAUACUUCAAAUAUAUUUGAGCAAAUCCACAUCAACCACUUCCUAUUGCUGGAAAUUACUAAAAAAAUUAUAAAUCCAAAAAAAUCCUUAGUAUUUGAUAAUAUAAAUUGAUGAUCAAUCUAAAAUCACUUAUAACAAGCUAAAAAUACAAAUCUUAUAGAUACUUGAGCCAUCGAAAAAACGAAUGAUGAAGGCGGUAGCAGUUGAAUCUGGAGAAGCAUCAAAGGCUAAAGGUCAUGGAGUUAACAGAGGACUCUCUGUAUUUGAUCUUGUUCUUCGUAUUGUCGCGAUUGUUGGUACCUUAGCUGGAGCAGUGGCAAUGGGAACUGCUGAACAAACUCUUCCUUUUGCCACACAACUUGUGCAAUUUUCAGCUCAAUAUGAUGAUUUUGACUCAUUUAAGUUGUUCGUGAUUGUGAAUGCAAUAGUAUGUGCAUAUCUUGCUCUUACUCUACCAUUUUCCAUCUUUCAUAUUAUGAGGAGCAGAGCAGGAAAAAGUCGGAUCUUGCUCAUCUUCCUUGACGCGAUAAUGCUGGUUCUUCUCACAUCUGGAGCCUCUGCAGCAGCUGCCAUUGUGUAUUUAGCACAUACUGGGAACACUUCUGCUAACUGGUUUUCAAUUUGUCAACAGUAUACCGAUUUCUGCCAACGAUCUGCUGGCUCUCUCAUCGGCUCAUUUGGCGCGAUGGUGUGUCUUGUUCUCCUCAUCAUUUUCUCAGCUGUCGCGAUAUCCAGACGAUAAAUCAAUGCUGUUUACAUUGGCUUGUGUAUCUGUUGUGUUUGAUAUUUGACUAAAGUUUCAUGCUUUGGAUUUUGUAUGCAAUUUAUCCUGUUACUUAUAUCAAUAAUAUAUAUUGUGCCUGUUUAGUUUUUCAAAUUGGAGUUCAAAAAAUGAUUCAAUUUUUCUCAA